AUGGCAAUACCAAAGGAGUGGACAGACACGUGGAACCUGUUCGACGAGCGCAAGACAGGUACUGUGAGUCAGACAGACGCCAAACAUAUCAUCCGCAGCCUUGGACGAAGAUACACGGAGGCGGAGUUCAACGAACUGCUGCAGGGCGUCCCGGACCCCGUGCCGUACCAAAGUUUUGUCGACCUCAUGCAGAAGCCAUACACUGGGCCAUCCGAAGAUGACCUGCGAACAGCGCUGCGUGCUUUUGAUGCUACGGACUCGGGCCGCCUGAAGCUCUCGGAACUAAUCACGCUUUUGACGUCGCUUGGGGAGAAGAUGCCGGAACAUGAGGUGAAGCAGCUGUUAGCGGAAGUCAGGACGGACGAAGAAGGACGCGUUGAAAUUGACGAUCUCGUGCGAUUUCUUUGUACACCUGUGCCAUCCAUGACACCAGACAUUGCGGAACUGCAGAAGCAGCUUGCUGAAACCAGCUGA